UAAUGGUUUUAUCUUAUCACCCAUUAUUAUUUACUUGAGAGCAAUUAGUUUUUCCACUUGAACAUUAUUAUGCAGACACUUUAGUGCCGCAUUGCGCUCCAUAAAGUUCGCUUGUCUUUGCACAAUGAAUAUUCAUUUAAUAGGUGCUUUAAUUUUAAGCCUCUGCUGCUUAAAAGCGGAAGCUGCCGCAAUAGUCAAAGUUUGCCCCUUGGAGAGCUCUUGCCUUAAUGUGACUGAAAGAAGUGCAGUCUGUGCGUACGAUGAGAAAAAAAACUGUAUUCGGAAAUACACUUCAAUAUGCCACUUGAAAAUUGCCAGUUGUCUUCAGAAUAUAGAGAUCGACGACUAUAGUGAAAUCUAUUGUUUGAUGGAGACAUAUUUAUGCGAGGAAUCUCCCGAAUACGAACGUUGGACAAUUUUCUUUGGCCACGAGAAAGAUCGAUAGCACCUAUGACGUUGGAUGGUGAAAUAGGUGUGAGAGGAAUCGCCCACCAGACGACAAUUAUAAUACGAUGAUAAAACACCCCCAAAAUCCAAAAAGUAUUAAAUAAAGCGCUGCAGACGGCGAUCAAUUAAGUGAA